UAUCUUUAUUUGCGUUCUGAUGCUGGUCCACUUUGCCUCGGCCAACAACCCAGGCUUGGUAGCUGUCAUUAAAAGAGACAUUAUUGACAAAGUGAGGGACCAAUACUUUGACAGUGUGUUCCAAGAGCUUGGCGAGCUCAAUAUUCCUGAUGUAGACGCAGGUGAUAUGAAGAUUACUCAAAUCAAAGCUGCCUUGAGUAAUGGCUCCCCAGAAAAUUUGAUCACCUCUUUCCAUAAUGAUAUUAACGCUGUUGGAGUUGAAUUGAAGGAGACUGUUAUGGAUGUAAACGUUAACUGGAAGUACAAGAAGACCAUCCUUUCUCUUUCCGGAACUGCUCAUGUUAAAGGAACUAUUCAAGACCUUGGUUUGAAUGUUGUAAUGAACAAAUUGGUAGAAGACCAAUACGCUAUCCCACAGAUCAACGUCCAAGAUGUAAAUGUUGGCAUGGACAAGUCUAAAUUUGACUUAAAUUUGAAGUGCUCUGGAUGCCCAGGAGAAGUUGAAAAAUGGAUCUCUGGUAUUAUGAAGGGACAACUUCUUGAUGAAAUCCAAAGUCAGAUUAGAGAUCAGGUACCAGCUCAAGCCAACACUAAAGGAAAUGAUAUUCUUAAGGAACAAUACCCAAGAUCCUACCCCUUAUAUAACAACAUUGCUAUUGCAACUGCUCUUACAGAUUCUAUCGAUGUGCAGGAUGAUCACUUAGAAAUCUUAUUGGACGGAACCUUCUUCCCACACGACCAAGGAUACAAGAGACCUUCUGAUGCUUCUGAGAUGCCUCACUACAACCCUAAUGAUCCCGGACACAUUAUGAUGUUCAUUAGCUCUUACUUGGUAGAUACUCUUUCUUCCACAAUUGGAGUUGAGAAACAGACUUAUGAUUUUACUAUUUUAGGAAUAUCUUAUCAGUUUUCAUUAGACCCUGCUGCUGGAAAAACCUCACUCUCUUUCGAAGACGGAGAUUUCAUCGUCCAGGCAGUGCCCACCAUCGUUGCUUCUGAUUACGGUGUAGGUAUCAGCAUUGGCGGAUCUGUAAAGUUAGAUCCAUCUAUCUCUGCAGGAGAUGAGACUAACAUGUUAUCUGUAACUCCUUCAGUGAAGGGGCUUACCCUAUCAAGCCUUCAGGUGAUCACACCUUCCCAGACUUAUGACCUGAGUAGUGUUGCUGAAUACGCUAAUGUUGUUGCUGAAGCCUUCUUGAACUGGCUUGUUGUUCCUACCAUCGGUGUGAAGAAGCAGGAGGUCCUGCCUCUUACCGUUGUUGAUAGCGAGCUCGACUUCCACAAGGACUACUCAGAAGUUGGCUUGAAGAUUGAAUUUGCUUAAGAUUUUAUGAGACUAAGGGAU